AUGGCAGAGGUCAUGCCUUCUUCAAUUGUCGACCGAUUUACAUCAGGGAAUCACAUCGAUAAGUACAAGGUUUUGCAAAAGCUUGGCGAAGGCACCUUUGGAGCUGUAUAUAAGGUUGAGCAAACAGAUCGAAAGGUGUAUGCUCUCAAAAUUGAAUCAAACAAAGUGAAAGUACCGCUUCUGCGACUCGAGUUCCACGUUAUGGAGCAACUUCAGAGCAGAAAUGCCACACACUGUCCACCUCUGAUCGCCAAAGGGACCUAUAAAGACUUCAAUUUCAUGGUGAUGAAACUACUUUGGAUCUCCCUACAGGAUGCCAAGAAAACAGGACCUGAUAAACAUUUAUCACUGGGGCCAGCCAUAGGGGUAUCAAUUCAGUGCCUUGAAGCUAUUGAAGAACUACAUGGGACAGGAUAUUUACACAGGGAUAUAAAACCGGGAAACUUCGUGGUUGGACGAGCAGAAGAUGGAGAACUACGAAAACUCUACAUAAUCGACUUCGGAAUGUGCCGCAAAUACAGUAAUAGUAAUAAGAUUGGAGAAAUAAAAACAAAUGCACGACAUGAGCCAGUUCUUAGUGAGUUGGUGAAGCUUGGGCCAAGAAAGGAAUACGAGAAGGUGUUAAAGUACAUUGAUGGGCUUAAAUUUAAUUCGGAACCAAAUUACGGACUCAUUUACAAAACCUUACGUAAAGCUAUGAAGAAAAAAAAGUUAAAAGAAUUCCCCUAUGACUGGGAAAAUGCGAAUGCAUGA